AUGGGCGGAGGAAGUAUUGUCAUCUCAAAAAAUGGAAAACAAUUUGAAGGGAAGGUCACACCUUUCGUCUUGAUCACAUGUUUGGUGGCGGCUAUGGGAGGUCUACUUUUUGGUUAUGAUCUUGGUAUUACAGGUGGAGUGACUUCCAUGGAACCAUUCUUGAUCAAAUUCUUCCCUAAUGUUUACAAGCAAAUGAAAAAUGAAACCACGUCCACAAACCAAUAUUGCAAAUUUGACAAUGAGCUUCUUACUUUGUUUACGUCUUCCUUGUAUCUUGCGGCAUUAGUUGCUUCUUUCUUUGCUUCCAUAACUACAAGGAAGUUAGGACGCAUAGUCUCAAUGUUUGCAGGUGGCUUGUUUUUUUUAGUUGGUGCACUUCUGAAUGGGUUUGCUGCCAACAUUGAAAUGCUUAUCAUUGGUCGCAUGUUGCUUGGUUUUGGUGUAGGAUAUUGUAAUCAGUCAGUUCCUGUAUAUUUAUCUGAAAUGGCUCCAGCAAAGCUUAGAGGUGCACUCAACAUUGGCUUUUCAAUGAUGAUCACAAUUGGCAUUCUCGGUGCAAACCUUAUCAAUUAUGGAACUUCCAAACUUAAGAAUGGAUGGAGAAUUUCAUUAGGUAUUGGAGCUGUCCCUGCGAUCUUGUUGUGUAUAGGAUCUUUUUUUCUAGGUGACACGCCAAACUCGAUGAUCGAAAGGGGUCAAAAAGAAGGAGCUAAAAAAAUGUUGCAAAAGAUUCGUGGCAUUGAUAAUGUUGAUGAGGAGUUUCAAGAUCUAAUUAAUGCAAGUGAGGAAGCCAAAAAAGUGGAGCACCCUUGGAGGAAUUUUGUUCAACAAAAUUAUAGGCCUCAACUCAUUUUUUGUUCCUUCAUUCCCUUUUUCCAACAACUUACUGGCAUCAAUGUUAUCAUGUUUUAUGCACCCGUCCUUUUCAAAACUCUAGGUUUUGAAAAUGAUGCAUCCCUCAUGUCAGCAGUAAUUAGCGGAAGUGUCAACGUUGUUGCUACUUUUAUUUCUAUCUUUACUGUGGACAAGUUUGGAAGAAGGGCUUUGUUUCUUGAAGGUGGUAUCCAGAUGUUAAUAUGUCAGAUUGCUGUUGGAACUUUGAUUGCAAUGAAGCUUGGAGUUAGUGGUGAAGGCUCAUUCACCAAAAGUGAAGCCAAUCUUCUUUUAUUUUUUAUAUGUGCAUAUGUUGCGGCGUUUGCAUGGUCAUGGGGUGCGUUGGGAUGGUUGGUGCCUAGUGAAAUAUGCUCUCUUGAAGUUCGGUCCGCCGGUCAAGCUACUAAUGUUGUUGUGAACAUGUUGUUCACCUUUAUCAUUGCUCAAAUUUUUCUUAGCUUGCUUUGUGUCUUAAAGUUUGGACUUUUCUUCUUCUUUGCUGGCUUUGUGCUCAUCAUGUCGAUUUUCAUUGCCUUUCUUCUUCCAGAGACAAACAACGUUCCUAUUGAAGAAAUGAAUAUGUUAUGGAAAUCUCAUUGGUUUUGGAAACGAUUUGUUCGCGAUGUUGUCCCCAAACUUGAGCGAAAGGAUAGUAAUUGA